AAAGCAAUCCAGCAGAGAGACUUUCACACAAAUGUCUCUCUUAAGCAAAUGGUUCUCACUGUCAGACAAGCCAGUCUGUGGCAUUUCCUGCGCUCUAAGGGCAAUAGGUGUAGGAUACACAUGGAGGCAAAGCAGAUCUUCUGUGAGGACCAGAGGAGCCUGCUCUGUGUGCACUGCUCUACCUCCCAGGAGCAUCAGGCUCACAGACAGUGUUCAGUAGAAGAGGCUGCUGAGCAACACAGGGAGAAACUCCUCAAGACCAUGUGCUCUUUAUGGGAGAAAUGCUGUGAAAAUGACAGAAACCUGAAUGUGGAAACUAUCACAAUCUGUUCUUGGGAGAUUUAUGUGAUCUUAAAGGGUGAAGCGAUCAGAGCUAAAUAUGAUAAUGUGUCUGCAUUUCUCAAUUCGGAUGAGCAAUAUUAUAUAGAGAGACUGCAAAGGAAAGGCAAUGAGAUUUUUGAACAACUCAAGGACAGUGAAGCCAGGAUGGCACACAAGAGGGAGCUUUUAAGAGGAAUGUAUACGGAGCUGAAGGAAAUGUGCCAUAAGCCAGGUGUAGAGCUGCUCCUGGAUUUUGGAGACAUAUUACACAGGAGUAAGGCAGUGUGUGUGCACAUGCCCCAGCCUGUGAAAGCAGAGCUCACUGCAGUGACCGUCUUUGGGUUGAUAGCAAGGUUCAACUUGUACAUAAUGAAUAUAAAUCUCCAGAAGGCAUUCUGUCUUCUUGGUUGUGCUAAAACCGACAUGCACCACAAUGUGUUCACCACCUCCCCACUUUUACUGCAAUAUGUGCCCAAACCUAUUGGCCGACUAGCGGUAUUCCUGGAUUAUGAAGAUGGAAGUGUGACCUUUAUAAAUGUAGCAAAAAGUUCCCUUAUAU